ACAGAGCGCGUGUUCAGAUAUGAACAUAGUUUAAUUUGUCAAGAAACGAAACCUAACACUCAGUAUAUAAAACUGUCCACUUCAAUGGUCAUCACAGAGAAAGACCACCAUGGACCGUGUCACUGCAAUCGCUGUUGGAGCAGGAGCAGUAGGAGCUGUGGUCGCAGCUCCUGUUGCUCUUGGGGUUGCAGGUUUCACCUCGGCUGGAAUAGCAGCAGGUUCCAUAGCUGCUAAAAUGAUGUCAGCUGCCGCAGUUGCUAACGGAGGAGGAGUGGCUGCAGGCAGUUUAGUGGCUACUUUGCAGGCAGCAGGUGCAGCUGGUCUGUCAGGAACUGCCACUGCAGCUGUGGCCGGCGCUGGAGCAACAGUGGGAUGGAUGGCCAGCUUCAUCCCCAGGAAAUCAAAGAAUGUCUGUGAGAAACUGCCACUGGAGUAUCAGCUGGAGCAUCAGCUAGAGCAAGAGCUGCAGCAUCAGCUAGAGCUGCAGCUGGAGCUGCAGUGGCAGAAGCACUGGGAUUGCUGGCUAGCUUCAUCAGAUGAAAAUCAGGAAAGAACACUGAGGAGGAGGGCUCUGAGACGCCCUAUAAUUUCUGAAGAAACCAAACUUAGGCUGUAUAAACCAGCGCAGUUCAGUACGGAGAAGGAUAGCAUGGACCCUAUUACGGCACUCCUCGUUGGAGCAGGAGCAGCAGGUGCGGUGGUCGCAGCUCCUCUUGUUCUGGCCGGUGUAGGUUUCACCUCGGCUGGAAUAGCAGCAGGCUCCUACGCUGCCGGCAUGAUGUCUGCUGCUGCAGCUGCUAACGGAGGAGCGGUGGCUGCAGGCGGUUUAGUGGCUACUUUGCAGGCAGCAGGUGCUGCUGGUCUGUCAGGAACUGCCACUGCAGCUGUGGCCGGCGUUGGAGCAGCAGUUGGAGCAGCAGGCUCCUACGCUGCCAGCAUGAUGUCUGCUGCUGCAGGUGCAAAUGCAGGAGCGGCGGCUGCAGGAGGUGCAGCUGGUCUGUCAGGAGCUGCCACUGCAGCUGUGGCCGGCGCUGGAGUAACAGUUGGAGCAGCAGUGGGAUGGAUGGCUAGCUUCAUCAGAAAAUCACAGAAUGUCAGUCAGGAACUAGCACAGGAGCAGCAGCAGCUAGAGUAUCAGCAAGAGCAGCAGUCACAGCAUCAGCUAGAGCAGCAACUGGAGCAGCAGUGGGAGCAGCAGUGGGAGCAGCAGUGGGAGGAGCAGUGGGAGGAGCAGCUGGAGCAGAAGCUAGAGCAGAAGCUGGAGCAGAAGCUGGAGCAGAAGCUGGAGCAGCAGUGAAAGGAGCAGUGGGGUCGCUGGCAAACUUUAUCAGAUGAAAAUCAUGAAGGAAAAAGAUUAAUUACAAUUUUUUUUAAAUUACAAAAUAUAUUAAUUGACUUACUAAAAAGCAUAAUUCAUACUUCACAACCUUGAGACCUCCAAAAUCGGCAGUGGGGGGUGGGGGUGCACUCUUCUGCGUCACGUGAAUGCUAGUUUUCAAAUUGGACACAGUAGAGAGAGAGAGCUGUAGUGCUUAUAGGAGUUGGUCAGUGCAAAAAAA